AUGAAAACGAUUCACAGUGAUCAUAUAACGGAUUUGCACGAAUAUUUAAUGCGAAACUAUACUAAAUAUGUUCGUCCUGUGAAGAAUAAUUCGGAUAUACUCAAUGUGAAAUUUGGCCUUAAACUUAUCCAAAUCGAUGAUGUUAAUGCGAAAAGUCAAAUUAUCCAAACUCAUGUCUAUGCGCUUCACGAAUGGCAAGAUUAUAGUUUUAUCUGGUCUCCUGAAGAUUUCGGUGGGAUAGAAUAUAUCCAUAUGUCCAACGAUUUGAUUUGGAAACCGGAUCUUGUUUUAUACAAUAAUGCCGAUGGAGAUUUUCAUGUGACAUCAAAAGCCAAAGUACUCAUUCGAUACGAUGGAACAGUUAAAUGGAAUCCACCGAUGAUUUAUAAAUCGUAUUGUGCCAUCAAUAUUCAACACUAUCCUUUUGACGAACAAAACUGUACGUUGAAAUUUGGCACAUGGACGUACUCGGGUUCCUUAGUCAAUUUACAGUUUAUCAAUAAUGAUCAAUUGUCAGUUAUCGAACGAGGAUGGGACUUAGAAGACUAUAUGCCUUCAAUCGAAUGGGAAAUUCUUGAUCUGACCGCAUUUCGACAUGAAAUCAUCUAUGCAUGUUGCGCAGAAAUCUACCUGGAUUUAACAUUUACAUGUGUAAUGCAACGCAAAUCGUUGUUCUAUACAAUCAAUUUAAUUCUUCCAUGUGUGAAUAUUUCCAUUCUCUGUGUACUGGUGUUUCUUCUACCAUCGGAUAGUCGAAAGAAGAUUACAUUAUCAAUAUCCAUUCUUGUAGCAUUACUUGUUUUCUAUCUUCUACUGAUCGAAUUGAUUCCUCCAACAUCGUUCGUCAUGCCAUUACUCGGUAAAUAUCUUCUAUUCACACUUGUUCUCGUUAAUCUAUCGAUUACAACUACAAUCAUUACGUUAAAUGUACAUUUUUCUCGUCGUCCAACAUCAAGUAUGCCACUUUUGUUAAGAAAUAUUCUUCUGAUUUACCUACCGAAAAUACUUAUGAUGAAAAGACCAUCUAACCCAUCCGGACUCGACGGUACAACACGAAAAUUCUCAUCGAUAUAUGAAAAUGAACGACAAACACGACGUAGCCUGCGAGUCACAGCUAAUCGAGUAAUUUCAAUCGCCCAGCAGAUGAACAAUUUCAAGAACGAAAAAGAAAUCGUUGAAGAAUGGCGUUUUAUCGCUCUCACGUUCGAUCGUUUAUUUCUCAUCAUCUUCAUCUCAGUAACACUCAUUUGUACACUGGAAUCCUUUCGUCACAUUCCAUCUCUGUACAAAUCUGCCUCAUCAGUCAAUCCGAUCUGUUACACUUAUUAUCCACCGAUAGAUGACUUUCAAUGGCUGCGAACAUGUAAUACUAUUUAA